AUGGAGACGGUCACGUUCUUCCAGCAGCGCUUGUCAGCACGAAUGUCCUCCGCCACCACAAUGGAAGAGCCACCAGAAGAAUAUGCGCCACCGAGACGACUGCGCUCAUGCAAGCGCCGCGCAUUGGUAGAGCGACAGGUGCCGGGAGCAAAUCACUACAAUAACGGAUCACAGCAGCCACCGCAAAAGCGGAUUCGCCGCAUUCAAGCAUACUCAGAUCUCGAGUGUUCUGACCGGCCAAGAGACAGCCCGACUAUUCCAAUUUCAGUCGACCAUCAGUACUGGCUCGAAGACGCCAUCAUCAAGGCGAGGAAGAUCAUUCACGAUAAGGAGAAUGCGGAGACAGUCUUACAACGAGUGGCAGGCGCGCCGUCAGUGGAAUCCCUCAGCACACCAGUUCCCCUCAGGCAACACGGACCAACAGAUCAACCGCGGCUAUCUCUCAGCCACAAGAAUAAGACAGAGGACCUGCGCACAAAGUAUAGCUCCCCAGCAUCUUCAGAUAGUGGCGAGAGACGUACAUCUCUUGACUCGCUUCACCGCAAAGGCAAGUCCCAGGAUUUACGCUCCAGGUACAGCUCCCCAGGAUCAGCAAGCGAACAGAGCACAGCUUCCGAGUCGCUCCAUCGCAAGGCCAAGAGCGUGGACCUCCGCUCGCAGUACAGCUCCCCAACAUCUAUCGAUGAAGACCGCACGACCCCGGACUCGCUUCCCUCACUCGAAGAGUGCCAGCUCCCAAGCUCGGAGGGUACUGCCGACUCGCCCAAAUCUCCAUCUUCACUUCAGUCACAGCAAGGCUUCCUGUACUGCAUCUGCCAGCAAACAUUCGACCAUUCGCUUGGAGAGAUGGCGGCGUGCGAUAUCUGCGAUGGAUGGUUCCAUUUGAGCUGCGUCGGGCAGGAUCAGCAUGACGCUGCGUACUUUGAGGACAAGGAGUUCUACUGUCCGAGGUGUGAGGCGUUUGCGUACCAGGAGAUCGUGUCGGUGGAGGAUGGAGCGGCGUAA